ACCUCAACAGACAGUUGCCUUGUCACCUUGUACUUUCUCCAUUUUAUAUCUCUCUUGUCUCUUCACAAAAUAUACUAAUCUUCCUUUUAUAGUUAUAGCACAUAAUCAGAAACCGAAAACACAAGGUGAUGAAAAUGCAAUUGCAUAUAUCACCAAGUUUACGACAUGUGACAGUACUGCCCGCGAAAGGAGUGAGGGAGUUUAUAAAAGUGAAGGUUGGAUCAAAAAAGGUGUCUUACAGGAUGGUGUUUUAUACACUUCUCUUCUUAACUUUUCUUUUGCGAUUCGUGUUCGUGUUGACUGCAGUCGACACCAUAGAUGGUCAAACCAGAUGCUCAACCAUCGGUUGUCUGAAGAAGUUAGGACCAGGCAUGUUGGGUAAAAACCGGCAAUCAACUGUCCCAGAAGUAAUAUACCAAGUCCUGGAGGACCCCUCCAGUAAAUAUGACAUACCUGGAGGGUCUGAUGCUGACAUUCCUCAAACUUUGGAAGAUUUUGUUUCUAGUUUGAAAGGCAGUAAUAGACCAGAUGCAAAGACCUUUGCUAUCAAGCUCAAAUCCAUGCUGACCCUUCUUGAAGAAAGAACUAGAAAAGCCAAAAUCCAAGAAUAUCUAUACCGCCAUGUGGCGUCCAGCAGCAUACCAAAACAGCUUAACUGUCUCGCCCUCCAGCUAGCCAACGAGCACGCCACCAAUGCAAAUGCGCGCCUCCAGCUCCCAUCACCCGAGCGCGUGCCCACACUCGUUGACAAUUCAUACUUCCACUUUGUUCUUGCAUCAGACAACAUUCUUGCAGCAUCAGUUGUAGCCACAUCUCUAGUUUACAACUCGUUACGUCCCGAUAUGGUGGUGAUUCAUAUAAUUACAGACAGAAAGACGUACUCACCGAUGCAAGCAUGGUUUUCUUUGCAUCCUUUAACCCCUGCAGUCGUUGAGAUUAAGGCGUUGCAUCAUUUUGAUUGGUUUGCCAAGGGAAAAGUCCCGGUUUUAGAAGCGAUGGAGAAAGAUCAGAAGGCGCGGUCUCAGUUUAGAGGCGGUUCAUCAGCCAUUGUGGCGGAAAACACCGAGAAGCCGUAUGUUAUUGCUGCAAAGUUGCAAGCUAUGAGUCCUAAGUACAACUCGCUCAUGAACCAUGUUAGGAUUUAUCUGCCAGAGAUGUUUCCGAGUCUUAACAAGGUAGUCUUCCUAGACGAUGACCUUGUAGUUCAAAGCGAUCUUUCACCUCUAUGGGACAUUGAUAUGAACGGAAAAGUAAAUGGAGCCGUUGAAACGUGUAGAGGAGAGGAUAAGUUUGUAAUGUCGAAACGGUUCAAAAGCUACUUGAAUUUUUCUCACCCAUUAAUAUCGAAAAACUUCAACGCAAACGAAUGUGCUUGGGCCUACGGCAUGAACAUAUUUGAUCUUGAAGCAUGGAGAAAUACCAACAUAACUCAAAAUUACCAUUACUGGCUUGAAGAGAAUUUGAAGUCGGAUUUAAGUUUGUGGCAGCUAGGAACGUUACCACCGGGUUUGAUUGCAUUUCAUGGACAUGUUCAUACAAUCGAUCCGUUCUGGCAUAUGUUGGGCCUGGGGUAUCAAGAAAAUACAAGCCAGGCGGAUGCUCAAAGCGCUGCGGUAAUUCAUUUCAACGGCAGAACAAAACCAUGGCUAGAUAUUGCGUUUCCGCAACUUCGGACACUAUGGACCAAAUAUGUCAACUUUUCAGAUAAGUUCAUCAAGUCUUGCCACAUUAGAGCAUCUUAAAACGCGUAUGUUAAAGAUUGUGUGGCACUAUUUGAUCACUUCAUCAUGUACAUGAAAAACGACGAAAAGCAAGGAUAAAGAUUUUGUUUCAUUAAUUCUGAAUUUGAGAUACAAGAUGGAUAUUAGUUAGAGUCAUCAUAUAAUGUACUUGCUUGCUUGAGCCUUGAAGCCCCUUGUUUGUGGUGAAAGCAAGCAGAUGAUGAAAGAGAGAGAUGUGAGACUGUAAAGUGACAAUUUUCUCUUCCAACUUACUGUGUAACUUUUUUUCCAAAGGCAAAUGAAUAAUUCAUAUAUGAUAUUUCUAUA